GGUAACGGCCGAUGCGAGGCCAUCUGCAUCGAUGGGACCAAGCGUCUUUGUCAUAUCCGUGGCAAGAUGCAUAAGAAGGUCUGGAUCGCCGCCGGAGAUAUCAUUCUUGUGGGGCUCAGGGAUUACCAGGAUGAUAAGGCUGAUGUUAUACUGAAGUAUAUGCCUGAUGAGGCUAGGCUCCUGAAGGCCUACGGGGAGCUGCCGGAGAACACCAGGCUGAACGAGGGCAUCGCUGGUGGGAUCGAUGAGGAGGAUGAAGGCGGCGCUGAUGAUUAUAUUGAGUUUGAGGAUGAGGAUAUCGAUAAGAUCUAAAUGGGUUUUUUGUCGUCUUCUAUUUCAUGGCUGUUUUAUUUUAUCAAUUAUUAUAUGAUGAUGAUGAGUGUUUCGUAUUGCUUUUGGAACUCUUUAUGUAUUCUAUAUCCUUAAUUGACUCAAUAAUAGCUGAGUUGCCUUUUUAUUCAGCAGAAUUAUGUGCCUUUUGUAUGAUUCUUGUGAAUUUUGUAUUGAGCUGUGAUGUUUGCGAAUUUGAUCAAAUUUGUGAAUGAGGUGUGCUGUGGUCUCUCUUCUUUUCAAUACAUCUCUAUCCAAGCUACUAGGUUAUGUAUGAUUUGAAGGUUGUAAAUGGUAGUUUUAAUGCAAUAACAUUGAGUUUCAUGUUUCUAUAUGUUGGUUCUUCAUACAAUACAGUUUUAAUUUAUCAAAACAAAUGUGUGGGAAGAAGAGAAGUAUACACAUUCAUGAUUAGUUUGCUGAGCUUGAUGUUUGUUAUUUCUCUCAAGCGGGAUCUGUCUCAUUGAUAUUAAGUUUCCUUGUUCAACCUAUAAGGUUAAAACAGCAGAGUUAUUGCUGCUAUAUGAUUGAUUCCUUGUUCUUGGAGAAAUGUAGUUGGUUCACCCAAAGGUCUUUUCUUUUGUAUGUUGUGAGUAAUCCUAUAUGUACUGUAUUAUGGCUGAAUAUUGUGAUGCAUUCAUAUUAACCAAGAAAAUUAUUACUCAGAU